ACAUAGUUGUUGUACCCGGAAUUUAAGGCGGAGUGACAGCUCUCGCAUUUUCCUCCUCUUUAACUGCCAGACGAACCAGACAAGACAGAAAGGAGCGGACAGAAGAACGUCAUGGAUCCCAACACCACGAUUCUGCGAGUUAAAAGGAAACGGGGGACCGAUCCCGCUGACGCCUUGUUGUUAGCGUGUAAACGCAUCAGGCCCGAAUCGUCCCAGAGCUCAGGCGAAACGGUACCGGAGCCCAACGAAGCUGAAGUGGAAAACUCUGUCUUCAAACUCGUGGCGACCGUAGCAACACAGGACGCUCCUGUACAGACGCAGGUUCGACAGGCUUUGGCACGUCCUCGCACAGCGCAUGCGCUUCGCCCUUCUGCUACCAGUUCACAGCGGAUAAUUGGGGAUCUGCGGAGCACAAAGUGGAGCACCCGGAGGGAAGAACGCUACAGAAUACUGUCGAGCCACCGUGCCAGUCUGUCGAGUCAAACUGAGCAGCAAACCCCUCAGACAGAUGCUGCCGAUGUUAGAGAGGAAACCGAGAAAAAGCCAGACAAAUGUGGGGGUCUUGGAAACAUCCAGGUGGUGGAUGUCAUCCACGAGGAAGCAGAGGACCAGGAUAAACCUCUUGGCAAGAUGUGGUCCUCAGACUCCGAGGUGAUUCUGUGCAACAACACCAAGAUGCUGCGGGAGCGUCUGAGCAUAACUGGAGACGGGCUGGGGGAGGAGCACCGGGAGCAGGACGACGAUUACGUCUAUGAUCUUUACUACCAGGAAACGGUCACACCAGGCUGGAUCCAGGACAUCCUGUCUGUCAGGCCCUACACUGAUGAGGGAGAACUGGUUCCUGAUCUUGUGGUUCAUGAAGAAGAGGUGUAUGACGACGAGGAUGAUGAGAAUGAAGAAAGCAACUGGAGGAAUGACUACCCUGAUGAGGACAGUGACGCAGACGGUGACAGAGAGGAGCGCUAUGGAGGUUACUGGGAGGAAGAGCACUCGUACAGCAGGAGGAGCUGGCAGCGCUACCAGAGGGAAGUGUUGCACGAGCUGGGCUGCAGUGGUGAAGAUGACGAUGAAGCCGGCGACGACGGCAACAAAUAUGAUUCCGACUGAUUGGUCCCUUUUUGCACUUUGAGGAUCUUUCCAGUUCCUUCAUCACAAAUGACACCAUACUCUGAGAUCGUCUGUGUCGUUCAGAGCAGAGAAAAGUAUCUGCCAAAAUUAAAUCCCACCUCACAGCGAAGCAACUCGUGUAGCACUCGUCAAAUUUUCUAAUCAUCAAGUUACGUGCCAAAGUGUUAACAUGUCAGUCACAAAGCUUGUGGACAGAAGAUGGUUCAGGCGGUUAAAUUCUAGAAGUCAUGUCUUACUGCACAGAUGGUGAAGGAGUUGGUGUUGUUUCCAGAAGGAUCCAGAUGUUUUUUUUUAACCGUGGAGUGAAUUUGUGUGUGGGUGUUUGUUCAAAGUGGAUGUGUGUUAGAGUCGUCGCACAUUAGUGAGAUUUGCCUCGUAUGCUUUGUGCUGUUUCCAUUUUUUGUUAGUGAGGUGUCUUAAGGCCGUGUGUGCUUGCAGUUUAGGGUGUGUGCAUCUCGUGCAUGGUAGUGCGUAUGUAUAACUGCAUUCGUUUUUCUGCAUUUGUGUAAGCGUGCUGCAGAGUUUUCUGUCGUGGAUGCGUGUUUGGUUCAGAAAUUCCCCAAGUUCAGACUGGUUGGAUGCUUGUUGAAUUACGUUUUUGUAAAUAUGUAGAUGUGUAAAAAAAAAUAAAAAGAAAGCUUUCAAUAAAAGUUGGUUUUCUCCUG